AUGAAUCACGUCUGCGGCCCUCUGUUCGCUGAAAGGUCCCUGUCACUCACCACCUCCCCCUUCCCACUUCCUGAAGCUGGUGCAACUGACCGAGUCCACAGAACAGUCUCCUCUGUAGCCAGGGGAGGAAGCUGUGCUGGAUGUGCGCUGGUUCCGGCGAAUGAGAGGCUCCCAUGGAUCUGCCCUAUUACCACGGCCCUCUGUCCAAGAAGGACUGCGAGGGCCUGAUGCUCACGCAGCCGGUGGACGGCAGCUUCCUGCUGCGGGACAGCGAGUCCCUGCCGGGCGUCCUGUGCCUCUGUGUCUCGUUCAGAAACCUUGUCUACACGUACCGCAUCUUCAGAGAGAGACGUGGGCAGUACAAGAUACAGACCGCGGAUGGUGUCCCGACACAGACCUUUUCCAGCCUCAGGGAACUGGUCUCCAAAUUCAAGAAGCCGAAUCAAGGGCUGGUGUCUCCCCUUCUGUACCCCGUGGAGAGGGCCAGGCCCUGCCCGAGGUGGCGGAGCUCGAAGGUGGACGUGGACGACGAUUUCGAGAACUGCAGCAGCGAGUACGUGGAGGUCUUGCCCUGAAGGCACCGGGACGGCCGCGCGUGGAGAAGACUCGGGUGUCUGGAGACCGGACCCAGGGGACACGUCACGCUGGCCUGGUCUGGUGACGGCAGGCGUCCUGUCCCAGCCUCCAGACCACACAGAGCAGGCAGCCAGGAGCCCCGCCGGCUCUGGCUCCCGUUCCCCAGCACCUGACACUGGGGGUCCUCCUGGCCGCCCUCCGCCCUCCCUGUGCGGGGGGGGGGGGGUGGCAAAGGACCGCUCCCCCUGGGCACUGGGCCCCUGACUUUGGGUGCAGCUCUUCCCCCUCCUGGGACUCAUCUCUCCACCUGGGAUGGGGGACACACUGGCCCUGCCGGGCCGUGUCAGGCGAACUCGAGGCCCUGGAGUGACGAGCAAAUACGCCAGCACCCGUCGGGGACACGGCCUCCCGGCCAACUCGUCCCCUGCAGUGGUCGCGCUGUCCUGGCCACGGGACCCUCAGGCCCGAGGACCCGCCUUCCUUCUUUCCAGCCUUGACCUUGCUGCCCAGCACGGCCCUGGACACAUCUGCCCCCAGGCUUUGCCUCAUUUCAUCGACACACUUGCCACCUGGCUGCAAGGAUGAGCUUUGUCCGGUGACACGUGUGGGGAUGUUGUAGGGACCUGCGUGGCUCCUGUCCCCAACCAGGUUUUAAGUGCCACUGAAGUGUGGCCAGGCCCCCCGUGUCCUCCUCAUGUGCAGAAACACGUGCUUGUGCAGUGACGCUGGAAAGGUGUUCCCGAAGGGCUGGUGGGGCUGGCCCCAGGCCCCGUCGGUUUUUCUCCAAGUUGUUCCAGAAAGAAACUGCAGAUUUCUGGAUGGCGUGAGCAGACCGGGGGACUGGAACCCCAGAGGGGAGCUGUGGGGGCCCAUGGGUCCCAGCGAUCGCAGCUGCCACCAAGCGGAGGAGGUGUAGACCUCGAGGCGCAGCCCCACCCAGAGAGGGGGUGUGGAGCGGACCCUUCCGGUGGGCUCGGGGAGGGCCCAGAAGCAAGCCCGGUGCCCGGGGCGUCCUGGUCUGAAUCCCUCCGUGAGGCACAAGGAGUGUGUUCCCGCCCCGGAGCCCCCACCGUCCUCAGCACAGACCAGACAGCUGGGAAGGUUCCCAGAACAGACACUGAGUAGGUCUGCGCGCACAGUGGGUCCAUCUUCUGCAGGGCCGGGGUCUGUUCGAGUGUCAUACCUUUUGAAGCCCAGUAGGACAGGACUCGUAGUUCAAGGUCGUUCGAUGGGGCCACCCAGGGCCGUGAUCUGUGUUCCAAGUGCCCAGGCCUGGGGCCCCGCCUGUCCCCGGUCCCAGAGGGUCCGCUUCUCCUACCAGUAGGCCCCUGAGUAACCAGCUGGUGUUGAUGUCACGAUGCACGUCCCCGGAACCGGUCAGAAGAGUCCGCAGCUCAGUCUGGGCGUGUGGGCGGGGGAGCGACUCCCACAGGCGCCGCGGGCCUCUGGGUGCCGGCCGAUCCGUCCGCACGGAACUUCGGGCUCCAGUCACACAGAUGAAUUGUAGACGUCUUGGGGCCAAGCUGCAUCACGGACCACACGCUCAGCCACAUUGUGCUCGUGGCUUUUACUUUGCCGGCAGGGUCAGGAAACCGAUGAUGCAUUUGAGGUUUCUGCAUAAAAUUCAUAACCCAGCCCCGGCUGCUGUGGCUCAGUGCACUGAGCACCAGCCUGUGAACCAAAGGGUCGUUGGUUCGAUUCCCAGUCAGGGCACAUGCCUGGGUUGUGGGCCAGGUCCCCAGUAGGGGGCGCACGAGAGGCAACCACACACUGAUGUUUCUCUUCCUCUCUUUCUUCCCGUCCUCUCUCUAAAAAGAAAUCUUUUUAAAAAAAUAAAUAAAAUUCAUGAUCCGAGCAGAACUGUGCUUGACCGAAUCACCACAUUCUAGCCGCACACAGUGAGUCCGGCCACCUCUGUCCCCGGCCGGUUUGCCGUGACAACGGGUGAGGGAGGGCCUGCGCCUUCCACGUUCAUUUCUGUUCUCGUGAACCUGAGUUUGAGGCCCCGCGGACAAGGGGGGGAGGGAGGCCUCAGGACUGUUUCAGUACCUUCAAUUCUCCUUAGUUUACUCAAUUAUGUCGCUAAUUCUGCCAUUCUUCAGGAAGGUAUCCGUCGUUUGACUGUCUUCUCAAUUAUGGACAGUUCGUUAUAGUUUUCUAUUAUUUUUAAGUGGGUUUUUGGGAAGAUUUGAUUAUUUACUCAUUUUCAGAGAGAGGGGAAGUGUGAGAGAAAGAGAGGAACAGGAACAUCAGUCUCUCAUAUGGACCCCCGACUGGGGACUGAAGCCACGACCCAGGUGCGUGCCCUGACCGAGAAUCGAACCGGCGACCUUUCAUUUUGAAGCCCAACCCACUGACCCACACUGGUCAGAGCAAGUGGCUGUCAUUCUGCAAUUAUUUUAUCGCCUUGAUCUGUUACAUUUAGUUGAUGAAGUGUUUCUCUUUGUCUCUUGAAAUUUUUGCCUUUAAUUACAUUUUACUUCAUAUCCUGGUCUUCUUCUAAUUCAUACUUUCCCAGGAUAAUGAGAUUUCCCAAAACUUCUUUCAUUUAAAAAAAAAUCUUUUAUGUUGACUGUCUUCUGUGGACAAAAUAUCACUGAAUGUAAUUUCCUUCCAACCUCAGACCCUCUCUGGGGUGAGCUGGGCCUGCUCACAGCUGCUAUAAUUUGUCCUGCUGAAAGUCAUCUGCCACUGAGGCCCCCUCGGGGGUGCGCUGAGGGGCUUCAGGAAGCCCCCAGAAGGUCUGUGAGGACUCGGGGUGGGGGUGUAGCCCCAGGAAGUGGCCUCACAGGACAGCCAGAUCUGCUGGUAACUUACCACAGGCUUCCGGUGUUUUAUCUCUCACAUAUUUAAAACACCUCAAUUGUUGUAACGAAACACACGCAUCUCCCUUCUGCCCCCACGAACCCCCCUCAUUUCCUGAGGUAUCCAUCGAUAUGAGCGACUCCUUUGUCAAGGAAAAACCGUAAACGUCACUGCCUCAGGGACGGGUCCGUCCUUUCUAUUUCCAAACAUGUACAUUUUCCUUUCUCAAAUGUAAUUAUCUGGUGACGUGGUCACAAAUAGUGGGUGGAGGAUUUCCCUUUUGAUGACAAAAUGAAAAGCACCCUUACGAAAAAGGUCAUAGACCAAAAUAUACACAGUCUUGUCUUCUGUUUGGUGAUUAAAUAUGCUCCCCUGUG